ACGUGUUGUUUUGAUUUCGAAAACCAAAACAAUCGCUUAGACGCACGUUGUUUUUGUUCCCUGCUUUUUCUCUUCUCAUCACAUUAGAUGUUUUUUCCCGACGCUUUUUAAUUUUUUUUCGUUAUCUUAUGAAAUGAUUCAUCCUGAAGUAUGGAGUUUUCCUACACCUCACUGCUCUUUCACUAACUUCUCGACUAAACCGAAGGACGAUAGAAUUCCUAACCUCAUUGACUCUCACCACUUCAACCACUUCGUCUCUGUAGCUGUGCCAAACACUUUAAAUGUACCAGAAACAAUUAGCAACUCCUUGGUCUCAGACUGUGAUUAUUACAAAGUGGAAUCUGUUCCUGUCUUUGAGUUCAUAGAUGCUGAUUUUCUUCAUAACUUCAUCAACAAAGGUAAAUUAUCCGCAUUAAGUAUCAGCGCAAGGAUUGAUGCGGAUGAUUGUGCCUGCAUAACGCCUUCCAAGAAAUUAAUCCUUGUUUUAGAAAAGGUUGCCUUUGAAGAACUAGGCCUAGAAGGAAAAGUUGCCAACUCGGCCAAACGAGCUAAAGAUAGAUUCUAUGUAACAAUAGAUCUUGCAGAUGGGAGUUUAAGGCCAGGGACUAAGCUAUAUGCUAGAGUCCAAAAAUGUCUAAAGGAGCGAAUAAAGCUGAAGCUUGACUUCAUCAUAGCGUGGGAGCCACCAGAGGAAUCAAUGUGUCCAUCAUCAAUAGCUGCAUAUUUCGACUCAAAAAAGUAUUCUGUCAAAUUGUGCCAUCCAAAAUUCAAUAAACAACAUGCUUAUAAUGUCACAGUUCCUUCUCUAGACUCAAAUAGUCCAUCAGAUGUGGUGGAUUGGCUAGGUGCUGCGUGUCUUAGUGCUCAAUCGGAUGAGCAAAAUGAAUACUCUUCCUCGUAUCUGAAUUUUUAUGAUGGAUCUCCUUGUGGACAAUUAACAAUUCUCAAGUGGUAUGGUUUCUUCACAACAUCAAGAAUUAAGGAGCUGUAUGAAAGUUUGAGGUCAUACCUUGAGAGAUCACAGGAUACUCCAUGGUGUAGUUUGCAUGUUCAAGGAUUUGACGACUCGCCUGUAACAUUUAGCAAUCAGGAGCACUCCUUCCUUGUAAGCGGCGACAACAUGUAUACAAUUUUUAUCAAACCUGACUUGUCUACGGUAGUCGCCACUCUAACCUCAUCAAGUUUGAUACGCCAUAAAAAACAAUAAUUUGUUAAGUAGGAUUGAUCAUGGCUGAGGCGAUGGAAAAUAAAAGCAGUGUAAUAUUAGCCGAUUUUUUUAUUCUUAUAUUUAUGAAAAAAAUGUAACGUAAAAACUAAAACACCUGCACAACAAAAUACAAUCUCUUCCAAAAUAAAAAGUUUCAUUUUCCCUGA